AUCAAUAAUAUAUAUAUAUAUAUAUAUAGAACUAUUAUAUAAAGUGAAAUAAAUCGAAAUCCAAGUUGAUCGAGUAUGAAUGAUUAACGAAUAACGCGUGUGCGAGAUCGAUAGAAUCGCAGGGUGGCUGUUGCAAGUUUCAGUGAUCGAUUGGCAGCGAUAAAACCGCGUGGAUCCGGUUAACUGGUGGAAAGGAGAAGAACGUUUGCCUCGCCCGCUUACAUGAGUCCGAUCGACGCUCGUUCCAGCUUGAUGAGUCGCGUUCGGCCGUCUCGGAUCUGAGGAUCCGAUCGAAGGGCCGCGCCAUUGUUAACUGAUCGAUCUUUGAGCACAAGGGUGAAGAAAAGGAAGAGGCGCGCGCAUGCACACGAUGCUGAACGAUAACGCGUGGAAGCACAGGCGGGUGCCUGUUCCGAAGAGGCAUGAAGAAGCGCAUCCUAUCUACUGUAUAGAAACUAUUCGGAUGUCUAAGCGAUCUAGACAAUCAUGCCAGGAGAAAUGAAUGCAUGUCCAGAUAAAAGAAAACAAGAAACGAACGGUAUCGGUCGCGACACGCGGUGUCAACGACACACGAACAUGAGGGAACCGUAAGCUCUUAGGACCAUGGAAUAACUUGGAAUGCGGGAAGGGCCAUCAUGCAUAAUGAGGAUAUCUGGAAAUUCAACUUCUUAACUAUUCUCAUGAGGACGAUCGAGCUAAUCGCACUGAUCGCCAUUUCCAGCACUCUGUUCCUCUUUUUGCACACCAGAGAGCUACACUCGCGUCUACGAAAAAUGGAAGUUCGCCUUCAACCUGGUGAAGACGAAAUGUUGUCAGCGAAUCAACUCUCAUCUGAAGGAGUGCAAACUGAUUCUAGUCCAAGUGGAAUCAUCCAUUAUCCAAACAGGCAUCGUAUCUUCGCAAUAAAGUACAAAGAAACUGAAGUGUUGGACAUCGAUGCGCUUAACAACACGAAAAGAGCGGAUCGAAGCGUUUUGUUCUUCAAUCGCGUACCGAAAGUGGGUUCUCAAACCUUUAUGGAAUUAUUGAGAAGGUUAUCCCUGAGGAAUGGUUUCUCGUUCAACAGAGACCGUGUACAAAGAGUCGAAACAAUACGACUUGCGCCUAUUGAACAGCUUCAACUUGCAACGAUGGUUAGCAGUUAUUCAGAGCCAUCCGUUUAUAUAAAGCACGUGUGUUUUACAAACUUUACAGAAUUCAACCUGCCUCAGCCAAUUUACAUCAACAUAGUCCGGGAUCCUGUUGAGAGAGUGAUAUCCUGGUACUAUUACGUGCGAGCACCUUGGUAUUACGUGGAGAGAAAGCAAAUAUUUCCAGACUUACCACUGCCGGAUCCGAACUGGCUGAAGAAGGACUUCGAGUCCUGUGUACUUAAGGCGGACCGUGAAUGCAGAUACCUCGAGGGUGAAAUUCACGAGGGAAUCGGUGAUCAUCGCAGGCAAACGCUUUUUUUCUGCGGCCACAGCGAGAAAUGCACCCCGUUCAACACGAUGGGUGCCCUGGAACGAGCAAAAAUGGCAGUAGAGAAACACUACGCAGUGGUUGGUGUACUCGAGGACGUGAAUAGCACUCUCACGGUAUUGGAAAAUUACAUACCCCGAUUUUUCCGAGGCGCCACUGAUGUCUACUAUGACGAGGUGAAUGCGUUUACCAGAAUCAACCGGAAUUUCUUCAAACCACCUGUCAGCGAAGAAGUGAAAGACAUGGUGCGGAGCAAUUUCACCAGAGAAAUCGAAUUUUAUCAAUUUUGCAGACAACGAUUGUACAAACAGUUGAGGGCGUUGAAAUUGACCAAAACUACACCUUUGUUGGAAAGCAAUAGUUUGUAGAAGUAUAUAUGAAUAACUUGUCGAAUUUUCUUCUCACGAGAACGUCGAUUAAAAAAAAAAGAAAACAUGUAUUAUCGAUAUUGAAAACGAUAGAUAAUUCGUUGAAUUUUUUAAUUUAAAAAAAAUGUUAAAAACUAAAUUUGUAUCAAUUAGAAAUAAUUCGUCGAAUUAUCUUUCGAUACACAUCGACAUAGGAAGAAUCUCAAAAAUAUUUAAACGUCGAGAAACUUUGGCUUUACUUACUGAUAGAAAAUAGAAAAAGAA